AGUAUAGACAUACUGUUGAUAUAGAAAUACAAGAUAAUUAUAGUGAUACAUGUUUUAGAUAUGAUAGAUAUACUGUAGAUAUGGUGUAUAGAUAUAGUGAAACCUAGAUACUGAAGCCAUGUUCGCUCUAUAUGCCACAGCUCUCCUCUGCUUCCUGUCUUCGAGCCAAUCAGCUCCUGCUGCUGCUCUAGGCUGUGAGGACCUCCUUAAGCCCAUGGAUCCACAACGACUAGACCAGCAGCUCUUGGGAAGAUGGGCCCUCAUCGUAGACAGUAGAGAAGACAGUCACCAUGGAGUUUACAUCUGCUACCAACACCAGAACCGGAACCGGCAUGGCGGCUGGUGCAAGUAGUGUAUAUACCCGACAGCAUCCCCAUUGUCAACGGCAACAGCACCUUCCAGUUAGACAUGAGGGGCUUUUGGAACAUCACUGGGGUCUCCCUGGAGACCUCCUGCCCAGACUUCCUGGUGAUGAGCCAAUCAGCUCCUGCUGCAGCUCUAGCCUGUGAGGACCUCCUUAAGCCCAUGGAUCCACCACGACUAGACCAGCAGCUCUUGAGGAAAUGGGCCCUCGUCGCAGGCAGCCUGAGCCACCCUGCAUCCCUGGAGAGUCUCAAGACCAGAGACGGCAUCACCAUGGAGUUUUCACCCUCCACCCCCAACACCACCCAGAACUCCAACACCACCACAACCGUCCACUACACCCAGACUAACCGUUUCGGCAGCCGAUGCGAGUCUCUAACCUACAAUAUCUCACUCAUCAACGACAACAGCACCUUCCAGUUCGACGUGGGGGGCCGAUUCAACCUCACUGGGGUCUUCCUGGAGACCUCCUGCCCAGACUGUCUGGUGAUGAAGUGGGAGGUGAGCUCCAGGAGGAGGGAGUCCACGGACCUGUACCUGCUGAGGAAGACGGAGGGUGGGAGAGAGGUGGAGGAAGAGGAGAUGGAAGAGUUCAGGAAACAGGUGGAGUGUAUGGGGCUGCCGCCGCCAGUGGUGAUGGAGCCGGGGGAUGCCCUCUGUGGUUCCUAUCAGCUCCCCUGGAAACACUGAGGACGAGGAGGAGACGACGAAGCUCGAUCAGAGAGUGGGGGCCGUGAGACCGAUGU